AGAGCUUCAAUUUCUUGCGCGUCCAAUUACAACCUCCCCCAUCCCGAUUUCUUUAUUUACAUAAUUUUUGCGUAUUUGCUGAGGCACCCCCCGCCUAGGAGAUCGACACUUUACAUGAUUUGAGUUGUUACUUUCUGCCCCGCGGCUCGAUUGAUCAUGAAGAUCAGUGCGGCGAUGGAGCAAUCUUCUUCAAGAGCCGCGACCUAGUUGAACCACCAGAACAGGCCCAGGUAUAAUUAUACUUAUAUAGACAAAGCGGACCGACACGACACAAGUAGGGCCACGACCUACCUGUACUUGAGGCCCACGACAUUAAAAUCAAAAGGCUGCUGCAGAACUUCAACUUCAUCGAGGAUGCGACCUCCGUUUAUUCUUCAGCGCCGUGGCGGCUUUAUUCCCAGAUCGUGUAUCGACAGCGGGAAAAGUGCAGCGGCUAGUGAGGACAGGAGUAGAUUUCUACGCGCACACCACGGCGAAAAGUACUCCAGGAGUCGAAGGCUCGCAUCUUCAUGCGCCGGGAGAAGUGGGCGGGUCUUGGUCCUUUUCUGUUUGUUCGCGAUCAACAUGAUGUUGUCGCUAUUGGGCACCACUUCGACAUCACUUCUUGGCGUAUAUCUUCAUCUCUUCUUGGACAUCAGAGCGGUCGAGCUGGGAGGCGGUGUUGUUGAUAGUACCGGCAUUUUUACCACGAUCACCACCACCCCAACGUGGUUCUCCGGCUUAUUCGUUGCUGCAGAGCAGAAGGACCUGCGGAUGAAGGAGGCUCAGGAGACUGAAAACGACUCACCUGAGGCAGACGGGAUAAUUGGUAGUAUUGAGAACACCGACUCGCCGGAGCAGGCGGAGCCACGCACGGCUAGCUUAUUUUCAUCGUCCGCGCUGAAUGAAAAUUCAGAUGUGCAGGGCCGUGCGUUCCUGGAGACGCGAGACGUACAACCUCGCAGAAUCUUCGCGGACCAACAUCCGCAUUUGAACCCCCAUGAUCGUGACGGAGCACCCCCAUUUGGAGGCACCAAGGACGUCGAGCCUGAAGCAAUCGCGUCUUUCGCACGCGAGAAGGAGGCAGAACAUGAUUUAGUACCACCAGACGAGGAUAGCGGGCCGAUAUUUUUGGAGUACCGAUCACGCUCAGCCGAUUAUGACGAGGACGAUGAUCUUGAUCGUCAGCAGGUUGAUCGGAGUGAGCAUUUGGAGGUGGCGCAUGUCCACUCACUCUCGGGGAUACUGGAAACGGAGCAAGUGCUAUCCCACGAAAAAAGUGUUACAGUUACACAUUUGCUGUAACCUCAGCAUCAGAACAGAGAAAACUUGCAAUGCAAGGAUUAUAUAUAAGGGAAAACAGGAAGGCAACGAGGCUCCAAAGCAUUUCCUGCAUGAGAAAGGUUGUCUGUGUUGCCAGUUUUGCAACACAAUGCGUAACUGUAACGCGUUUUUCUUCCCAUAAGUGCAGAGCAGUGCGCUGCAGCGAACGCCAGACGAAGAGGACGGCUCAGACGCAGAGGACGACUCAGACGAAGAGGACGGCUCAGUCGGAGAGCACGACUCAGACGGAGAGGACGACUCAGACGGAGAGGACGACUCAGACGGAGAGAGUAUUAGGCUUGGCGACCUAGACGAAGACGCGCUUGCGCUUGCCUCUGCGGGCGGAGGAGACCUUGAAGCGGGUGUGAGAGACGUACAGGCGAUGCGACGGGUCGAGGCAGAACAGGCCGUAGAAGAACAGGAAGCCCGUCGCCAAGAACAAGCCCGUAUCCAGGAACAGCAACAAAAAACUUUGGACGACACAACUUUCGGGAACGUGCAGGAGGGCGAUAGAAUCCCACUUGCAGUGGCGGAAAUGUUGGAAAGGGGAGACGCAACAAGAAAGUUCGACUUGCACCAGUGCCCAGCUGACGAAAACCAACAGGAGAAUCAGCAGUGCCUACCUGAGGAAACAAAAGUAACUACUGAAGAAGUCUCGGUUUGGUACAAGGCCAGCUCCUUCUUCGGUGGCGUGGCGAAAAACAUUUGGGGAAGUGCGAAGCGGCGGAUUCCGGACUUGCGCAAGCCGUUCCAAUGGCUGGUCGACAAGGCGACUUGGCUGAAAGACAAGCUGAAGAAUGCGGGCUCUGGCUUUUUGAAGUUCAUUACCAUGAUAUCGCAAGGAAUGAAAACUGCUUCACUGUGAACUUGUGACGCAGAAAAUGGAGGAAAUGCAACACGACAGUACUUAGACGCAUUUGUCUUGCUUCUACACAUCAUGCAAGAUAGACAUUGGGUUUAUUUUCAACGUGUAGCCUUACAACGCAUGGCAAGUUUUCUUUGUCAUGUGUAACGAACUUCUGGUGCAAAUAAAAAACUAUAAAUAUUUAGUACAAAAUCCUCACGACAGUGAAGCACUUUUUUCUUACGAAACGAGAUGGCAUUUUCUGAGGACCGUUUCAAGCGUAUGUUCGGGGUGCUGACCGACCGCUUGGCGCAGAUGGCCAGUUUGAGCCUCGGCGUCGCGGCGCAGGCGACCCUGUUUAAGUUCGUUCCCGGGGUUGCGGUGCACAUAGGCGACUACCUGCACGGCACCGUGAAGAAAAUGGUCUCCAAAUUCAUGAACGGGGGGCCUUUGAGUUUUUUGCGCGAGUUUCUUCAAAAUGUCGUGGGCGAGGCGCUUGUGGUUUCCAUUGUGCCCUUCUUGGUGCUAUCAAAUGCAAAAGUGUCUGGGUCUGGAAGAUUCAUUCUGAGACUUGUCAUGCAUAAUUUUGUACGAUCGACGAUGCCUCUAAUGCAUGAUCUAGCAUCACAGAUUUUUAGAGGGCUUCCUAAUGCCUAUUCCGCAUGACAAACGCCCUCCCAGCGUAGCAAGAACCAGAAUCCUUUUGCUGCUCAUGCAACACAAAUUUUUUAGACAUCCAAAUGCAGCAUCACAAGUUGCAUUCUUCCAGACCCAGACAUUUUUGCAUUUGAUAGGUGCGGGCUGCGCUCUCGCAAGUCUGGAAGCUUGUUUCCGGCGUUUUUUCGAAAGUUGUCGAAGUGCUCGGCAAGGCCGGCAAACUUGUCUCGUGGGGCAUAAAGGCCACGGGUGCGCAACUCAUGAACCUUGUGAAAAACGUGGCACACGGAUUGAUGGCGGUAGGCAAAUACCAAAGGCAAACAUGUCCGGGUCUGGAAGAUGAAGUGAGACAUUUGUCAUGCAGUUUUUGUAUCUGCAAGGAGGUCUGGAGUGCACAUAAAGCAUGAUGAGAAAUUUAUUCUUGGGACGAGACCUUUGUUCCGUGCAUACUCUGCAUGAAGAAAAAUGCCUGGAGAGCAAAAUCGAACAUCUUGUUCUGCUGACGGUGUAGUAAAAUCAGUAGCUACAGAAACAGAUUAUUUUUGUCUGUUCCAGAAACUUCUACCAGCACGACAAGUUCGCACGCUUCCAGACCCAGAUCCAUAUUUGCAAUCCAUAGCCAAGGGGUGUGGAACAUGGCCAAACGCCUCACGGAGAAGGUCUUGCCCAAACGACGUGUACUACCAACCGACGGGGACGACACGUCCCCCACGACCGGCGACGCGUCCCCCACCGGCGACGCGUCCCCCACCGACGACGCGUCGUCCUCACAGGACGAGGAGGAGCAUCCUUCUACUGUAGCAGCGGCAAGCUUUGGGUUUGGAGCAGAGGAAGCUUUGCAUGCACCUUCAGCGCAUGAUCCACGGAACGCCGACAGCGACAGCGGACAAGCGCAAGGAGCACAUGAUCCACAGGACGACGUGUCGGAUCCAGGCUCGUCGCCGGAUCAAGUAGACUCGUCGGAUCAAGACUCGUCGGAUCAAGAUGAGGACGAGAGAAAGAACAACGAAGCGGUCCUGGCAAAGGUGGAAGCCGACGUGGGUGUAGAAGACAAAGUGGGAGCCGUGGAAACGGAAGCGACGGAACUUUGGAACGGAAUGGGCGAUAAGGCGAAAAUACUGGCAAAAGAAAAACUGGAACAAGAAGUCGUCAACGAUGUCAUGGCGCCCAGUCAAGAAAUUCAAGCCGUCGAAGUAACGCCAACGCGCUUGGAAAAAGUAAAGGGCUUUGUUGGGCGCGUGGCAACGGGGUUCGGAAACUGUUUUGCCAGGGGCAAGGCCGCUUUGAAAAGCGCGAUGGACCUAUCCUGAGCAAAAACGUCGUCCCUAGUACCCCAUAGUCGAGCUGAUGGCAAAUCUGCAACACAAUGAAGUCUACUCCAAGUUUUGGGAGCUUUGCGUGACAAGUCUCUAUGAUCUGCAGUGUUGUGCUGGCUAGAAACAAACGGACGAAGCCGGCACAUGAGAAAGUCAGUUUAAGUACAGUAUUUUUACAAAUGCGAAUGCCAAAACACGGCUAGAAAUGCGUCUCAUGGAGAUGCACAUGACAAGCGUCCUCCGCGCCAUUGCAAAUGUGCAUGACAGCUCUGGGGCGGGGACGUUUUUGCUUGGGAUAGGAGAAGAUGUGGGGCACGGGUGAGGACCUGGUCCGGUGGCUGUCUACGCACAUGGCUCGCAUGUUUACCAGCAUGCUGUUCAAUGCCAUGCUGUUCAAAUUAGCGGGGAUGGUUUCCGACCUCUUGAUAUCAAAUGCAAAAAUGUCUGGGUCUGGAAGAUUUUUGCAGACUUGUCAUGCAUAUUUCCCAUGCAGCCCCGUGCGGUCUGGCAUGCAGGACCUGGCAUGACAGAUUCUGCGAAGUCUCUACCAUGCCUCUCCUGCAGGAGAAAGAAACUCCCGCUCAUGUUGGUCAAAAAGGGACAACUUUAUUUGGUGAUCACGCAACACAGAUUUUAGUGUGACCCACCGGACGUCGCAUCACAAGUUCCAUCCGCUCUCAGAUGAGCCAGACACUUUCGCACUUGAUACUUGACCGGGGUUUUGCAUCUAUUCCACCUGCCCCCUUGGCUAACUGGGCGGAUCGCCAACCAGUUAGUGGAGGCAGUGGUUGUGGUCCUUGGUAUCCAUUUCGAAGGCAGGAUUACCGAAGUGCUGCAAGGCGUACUCCAGAAACACUUGCCCGCCAUGGUUGAAAAAUUUAUAAAGUUCAUGAAGUCUGGAGCGGGAGACCUUCUGGGGUUGGUCGGAGGCCUGGUGCCUGUGAGUCAGAGGGCUUGCGCAUGGCUCGCGACGAAAGCGACGGGCGGGCUCCGUGCAGUGUUCGGAAGGGGAACAUCCGAUGCCGCUCAAGGGACCGGGUCGCGUUAUGAGCAUCAGAUCCGAGACAAGAUCGCAAAUUCUGCGAGGCUGGCCGCAAACAACGAGGGGGACGGGACCGCAGACGAUGACACAUCGCGAAGAACGAGGGACAUCGCGAACACGGAGGCCGAAGUCUUGCAACACGUCCCGGACGGGGGCGAUGAAGAUGGGCCGCAGGCGCAGGACCAGCAGCCUCAGGCGGCCCCUACUGCGAGCUUCAUCAGCACUACCAGCGACGACGGCGGAGUGCUCUCACGGUUUCGCCAUUGCUUUGGCCACUCAUGUGAACGAAGUUUGCAAAACUUCAACGACGCGAUGAGAAUGUUUGCGCGCGCCACGCGCAGCGUCGUCGGCUUUAUUGGUUCAAAGGCAGCGAACUUCAAGACGUACGUGAAAAACGUCGGCGCCCAGAGCCUGCGCGCCUCCGUUCGUACAGUCGCGGAUGUGAUGCUUGCCAACGUGGUGGAUUUUGUGUUUCCUUACAUUUUCUUCGUGUUAACGAAGAUCUGUCCUGUUUUGGGCCCCUUUGCUUUCAUCGUCCGGCUUUUGCUGCAGAAGCUUGCGUCGCUGCUUUUCUAUUUCAAGCCGCCUAAGUCGGACGAUCUGGGCGCAGUAGAGGCGCCGGCCGCGACGACCGGAGCGUCGUCUUUCGUGGAGCAAGAAAGUGGCGAAGGAGCAGCGGAAGUUGAUGCUGAUUCUGAUUCCGAUGCUGAUGCUGAUUCUGAAGCUGAAGGUGAUGCUGAUGAAGAGGUCAAAGAACUAGGCGACGAGAUUUACAAAAAUUUUUUUACGAUGGCUCAAGAUACGCUCCAGAGGGUCAUUGGUGGCGAUGGCCUGAGAGGCAAGAUCGCGGAUGUAAUCCGACAUCACUUGUUCCCCGAUAACCACGGCAGGGAGAACAGCUUCCUCGAAACCACCGCGGACCACGGGGAAACGCAACUGCCGGCUCCGCUCGCAAAUAUGGAAGAGGAGAAGCCGAUGGAUUUGUUCCUCGAAGCCAUUGCGGACGAGGAAACGCAACUACCGGCGCCGCUCGCAGUCGCGACAGACCCGCUUUUUGAACCAGCAACGAGCACAGGUUUUCUGGCGCGCCGGCCGUCCUCGUCGUCGGAGCAGGGGAGCCCCGCAGAAAAUGGCCUGGAAAUAAGUACCAUCGCCGGGGACGAGGACAUCAGUCCUGUGGGAGAAGAGCAAAAGCCUCCGCAUAAUGUUGUGGGGCUGGAGGCGUCGAAACAUCGAAGCAAAGUACUGGAGGCGUCGAAACAUCGAAGCAGGAAAUUCUUGUCCCGCCGGGCAGAUGAUCGUGUUGACGGUGUGGAAGAAACCGAAUUGGACGCUACAGCGGAGCAAGUGCGGAUUUUGGAGCAAUCGGAAUCGGCGGACGUGCAGGCGUGGAUAAGCUCCUUGUUGGAAGCUGCAGGCGGUUCUGGUGCAGGAGCAGGUGUCAGUGACCUGUCGGACGGUGAGUCGGCUAUUAACGAGGGUGAAAAAUUAAAAUUGGCUUACGAGCGCCAAGGGAAUGAAGAAGAACAACAAGACGCGGUGGAGGACCUCGAGGGCAGAUUGAAGAACGACCCCAACGCGCUUAAAAGGUUCCUCCGGAGCAUGAAGGCAAAUCUCGAGUCGGCCUCGAGCACGAUGCUCGGGUCGGAUCCGUCUGAAGCUCAAAAAGACGCUGAAGCGAAAAUGUCCGAGGUGAACGAGAAGACAACGCCAAAAGACGCAGGCAACCUCUUGGCAACUGUCGUGCAAAGGGUGCCCUUUAUGAAAAGCGUUUUUCACUUAUCCUGAGGAAAAACGUCCCCACACCAGAGUCAGGAUGGGGAUUUUGCAACACAAACCUAGGAGUUUUGGGAGUCACGCAUGACAAGUUGCGCUCCGCAGUGUAGUGCAGGUUAGCAAGUGCAGCCGCAUCACAGAUUCAUCUGCUCAUCCUGUUCACAGCGUCACAAAUUCCAAAACACGAUUGGAAAUGGCUCUCAUGGGGAUGCGCAUUACAAGUCUUCCUGUCUUUGCAAAUCUGCAUUACAACUCUGGUGUGGGUACGUUUUUACUCAGGAUAUCACUUCAUCACGAAGUCUUUUCACGUUUCCAUUUGCUCGAUGAUGGCGGGGGCCGUCACCCGGCUGGUAGUGGCCAAGUUUCUUAUAUGCAAGAAAAAAACUGUCACUGUGUAUGUGUAAAUUUGUGUUGCAGAACACGCAAUAGAGUUACACCUGUCAUGCCAGACAGCCAUGAAGUCCUCUAUUCGUGUGUGUUUUCCCUUACAUCAAGCCACGCAUGACAGGUUUUCUCGAUCAUGUAGAGCAAAUUUGUGAUGCUGUCAACCAAACACUAACACAGUUUUUUUCUUGGAUAUCUUAGUUUCUACACCCCCACAGCGUUCGCAUUGGGCCUUCCGGCGGCGGUGCGGUUUGUCAUUUACUCCUUCUUAAUUUCGGGCCCAGUCGGUAAACGGUUUCGACACUUUGUUGACCUCGCGAUUUUAAAGAGCUGGAAUCAGAUCAAAGCUGUGGCCAACUGGGUUCUUAAGAAGCUCGUCCAGAACGUGGGGCACUUGCUUCGGAACGUCGCGGGAUAUACUGUGCAAAAGUAUCGUACUCGUACAAAUGCUAAUGCAAGUCUUGCAUUACAAAUCUUGGCUUGCAAGGCAAAUCUGCAUUACAAAUUUUAUUUCUCAUGCUGAGGAAAUUUGUAAUGCAUUUAUACGAGUGCGCUGCUUUUGCACUGCAUACGGGACCUGCGUUCGGCAAACUGUUUUCCAAGGCAUACCAGAAACUGUGGCCCCCCUCGACGAAUGCGGAAGUGUCGCCACCUACAGCUCCGGGUGGCGGAGUGCCAACUUCUGCCUCGACAGACCCGAACGCUGCAGGACCGGCACUAGUUGUACCAGCACAAGUAGCGGCCGACCCAGCUGUGCGAAAUUCUCUGUCGCCAGGCCCGGGUGCUGCACGACUUCAUCCACAAGAACCGGGUGCUGCAGGACCACUAGUACUAGCACAACCGGCCGGCCAAGCAGCUUUACCGGCCGGAACACGAGAAUCAUUAGGAGCAGCAGCUGAACUACGCCCCCACCAUCCCGAGCUGUUUUCCCUGGAAAAUGGAAAUGACUCAACAAACAAAAUCAAGUUCCCGCACAAAGUCUCGGAGCUUCAGCACGCGAUAAAGUCGUUUUGUGACCACUAUGCUGGUGGCACGCUGUACGAGAUUGGACUGCAAGCUCCUCUGCCGCGAGGAGACUACAUCUGGGAGGACGACUAUGGAAGCGUCAGGACUGAAAUCAACGAAGUCGAAUUGACUUGUGUUGAUGCAUAAAAUCGAUUAUACUAGUUGGAGCCUCAGUAUCUAAAUGGCGCGUGACAAAUUUCGGGAGAACCAAAUAUAUCCAGUCUGUCAUGCUGUUUCGACAAAGGCGACCGCUCCUGUCAUGCUACUCUGGCGGAAGUGCGUCUUCUUGUUCCCCUCCUUUUGAACAGGCUUGCAAAAAUCGCUCUCAUUUGCCUGCUCCCCAACACAGGCCAUACGUGCCCUACAUAAUUUUACGCAUGACAAAUUUUUCGAUUUUGUCGAUUUCGAUCCUGACAGCACUCCCAUAACUACGACGUCGGGUCUCCAAGUUGGACCUGCGACCAGGCCUCCAACUACUUUCACAUGGGGAAGCUGUCGGGCGGAAGCGUGGACGGAACCAAGAAAGUUCGGGCGAUGAAACUAUACGUUGAACAAGACACAGGCACAGCACGAGCACAAGAAGCACUAGAACAACAGCCACGGAAAGAACCCCAACAACAAGUGGUCGUUUUGGAGCCGGGCUGGCAGGUGAUUGCGGCGCUGCCGAGUGUGGCGAUGCAGAAUGCUGGCAGCGCGGAAUCGUUCUCGCUCGUCUUCCUGAACUACGCCCCCGAACACCUGGACACGGUCCGAUCUUCAAUUUUCAACGAGAAGUUUAGCAUCACAAACCGAAACCCAAAAGGCGCGCCCUUGCUGGUCCCGACCCGGGACAUCACGUUCAGCACCCGGUGAAAUAAAAUGGAAAUGAAUUAUCAGUGCUAGAAGUGCAACUUCUGUACGAGGAAAAUAUAUCACACGCAGCGGAGCCGACUCCGCCAGGAACAGUGCGGGUCGUGUCUCUGUUUGUCGAAAGUGCGCCUCAUUUCGUUUUUUAUUUUUCCAAUUUUUUUUUUUUGCUAGUUAGUUUCGUUUUUCUUAUGUUUUUUUUUUUGGUUUUUUGGAAAUGGAAGCUUUUCAAUUUUAUAAUCUAAUAAGCGCACCACUCUCAAGACAUGCGCCGCUUUUAUUUUUACUAUCACAACCGCACUCAGGAGGGGCAUUGCUUAGCUUCAUGUUAAAUCUUUUUACGCCAUUUCGAAAUACGAGCUUCAGUAGUAAAAGUUGUUGCUUUUAUUGAAGUUGUAGCGCUAGAAGACACAUGACGAGAAGAAAGAACAGCGCCAACUUUCAACCGGUUUCCCAACAAACAAACAACAAACAAUAAAAAUUGCGACCACCCAGCUGCAGUAGUUACGAUCCCCUUUCGUUCCUUGAGUUAAGCAUGCAACCACUUCACGACCACGUGCUAAAAGUAUUUCUCUA